AUGACACUCCGACUGAAUUCUUCGCAGAAAAAAACGCCUUUGAGUCAAAUAACAAGAAAUUCAUUUCUGCUAAUUUGUUUUUUCUUUUUAUUGUGGUAUAUAAUUAGUUCUUUUUAUUUUGAACAAGAGGAAUUAUUAUCAGAUAAAAACGAAGAAACACUUACAGAAGUUCAUCUUACUUCACUAUCAACAUUGUCAUCGAACACAACCAUAACUACUAUUGCUGAUAAUGAUAAUAGUAAAAACCAAUUAGAAGAACUAAACAAAAAAUAUUGUGGUAAACCCAUAUGUAAAUUUUUAUUUGUUUAUAUUAUUGGAGAACAAGAAACGAAAGCGAAUUUACAUUUUCGAUCAUUUAGUCAAUUGGCUGAAAAAUUAAAUCGUAUAAUGGUUUUACCAAAUGUUGGUUCUUCUCGAAUUGGUACUUGUAAUAAAUUUCCAUUUGAUUUUUAUUAUAAUAUCACUUUACUUCAAAAAGAAUUUCCUGAUGUUUUAUUUAAAUCAGAAAAUGAUUUCAUUUUUUGGCUUAAAGAACGUGAUCAAAUUAAAAAGAUAAUGAAUAAUAAUGACAAGCCAUUAUCAAUAUUACAUUCUAGUGUUAAAAUAAAUAGAAGUGUUGAGAAAACAUUUUAUGAUGACGCAGAACCAAAUUUUGAUGUAUAUGAAUGUAUUUCAAAAUUCGAACCAUUAAUGAAUCUCAAAGAUCCUAAUUCCAGAGUAAGAUAUACAAAAAUGAUUAUUAAAGAAAUGGACCUGAUAAGGGAGAAAUCUCGAGUUGAAUUUUCUAAAUUACUUACCAAAGUUCUCACAAUCGACGAAGAAAUUAUAUUAGUGAAUGGAUAUGUAGUUCAUCCUUUGUUUCUUCAAAUUAUGCCAGUUAUACCUUAUAAUGAUUAUAUAUUAAAUGAAGCUCAAAAAAUAAAAGAUAAAUUAUCUUCUUCAUACAUUGGAAUUCAUUGGAGAUUAGAAUCUUCAACACCUAAAUUAUUACCAGAAUGUGUUCAAGGUCUUAUUAAAACAUUAAACAAAGUUAUGGAAGAAGGAGAAAUUAAAAAUAUUUACUUAGCGACAGAUUAUCCCCUUUUAUCAUCAAGAUCACAAUCUAGUACAUUUGGAAAAAUCACUAAUUAUCAUCAUGAUGCUAUAAGAACAUUAAAUGAAACUUUUAAAAUAAAUACCUGGGUUUCAUUAGGAGGUCUGGAACAAUUAAGAAAAAAUGAAAAAUAUAAUAAAGAAUUAAAUGGUUCUGGGAUACAAGGAAUUUUGGAUAAAUUAGUCUGUAUGAAUUCAAAUUAUUUUAUAUCGGGUCCAAACGGUUGCUCGAGAGUUAUAUCUAAAUAUACCAAAGCAAUUGCAAAUGAAAGAAGUAAUAGAAUAAAAAAUAAAGAUAGUGAUUUAUUGAAUGUAAUUGAUAGAUGGGAAAUUCCUUUAUAA